UACAUACAUACACACACACACACACACACACACAUAUAUAUACAUAUAAUAAUGGAUAAAAUUUAUAAAACAUCUGCUAUAGGUUAUUACAUCAAAUUAGCAAGAAAAGAUCAAGCAAACGAUAUUGUGCGUUUCUUAAAAGAACAUUUUAACAACGAAGAAACCAUGUUCAAGAGUCUCGUUAACUCGAAUGUCGUGAUAAACGAAGAAGAAGCCAAACUGAUAACCGAAGAUCAAGAGAAGUUUCAAAAAGCGAUUUUUGAUAGUUCGCCCUGUUUGUUGGCCUUCGAUGAAAAAACGAAGAAGAUCGUUGGAAUCAAUUUAAUGAUAUUAAGUCAAAAUCCACGUUUUGUUAAUUAUUGUAAAGCCGGUACCAAUGCCGUUUUUCACGAGAAUAUACCAAAAUCAAAAUUGAUCAAAGAUUAUUAUCAUUAUAUGUCUAUUAUAACCGACAAGGUUGAUCUUUACGAUAGAUUUCCAAACGCCAAGGCAGCUUUAGAAUUUUACGCUAUCGCUGUUGACAAAAAUCAUCGUAAAAUAGGCUUGUCUUUAGAUUUAACGAUAACAGGAUUGUCGUUGGUCAAAACCUAUUCCAACGUUGGAUUUAUAUUUGGCCUUUAUACAUCGACCUAUUCGAAAAGAAGUGCUGAGAAAAUAGGUAUGAAGAGUAUUCUAGACGUCGAUUUGCUAACCUAUGAAAACGAAAAGGGUGAGCCAAUUUUUCAAGACACUCCACCCCAUAAUAUUGUAUCCCUUAUGGUUUUAGAAUUAUAAAUGUUAUGAUAUUUUA